GAGGGUUACUUUAUUAUUAAAACACAAAAUAAGUACAGAACAAAGGCCCAAAUGCAUAAAUUACAUAAGCAAAAGAUGGACCUUCGUGGUAACCCAAGAUCCCAAAAUGUAGUUUGGAGCCCAAACAGAAACACACAAACAAACCCUAACAGCUUCUUCCACCCGCCGCCGCCGAAAGCGCCGCAACAGCACAACAAGCACGAGCCUCCACAGCCAAACAAUGUACGGCAUACAUCGUUAGAAGAAAACGUGACCCCGUGUCAUCUAAUGGUUAAAACAGCUGAUAUAUUGCAUACGAUAUGAUAUGAGUCAUAUGACAGCAUUUAGAUCGGCAAAUGCGCUCCUCAAAGUUAAAACUCCAACUCCAAGACCAAGAGUCCCUGACUCCCCAAAACCAUUCCUUAAUCCCAACCUCAACGCCCAAAACUCCGUUGAUGCCCGUCUCAUCAAGACGGGCUUCGAUGCCCACACAUGCCGGUCCAAUUUUCUGGUCAAGAACUUCCUCAAUCGAGGUGAAUUGUCUCGAGCACGUCAACUGUUCGACCAAAUGCCUCACAAAAACACCGUCUCCACAAACAUGAUGAUUUCCAGUUACGUCAACUCCGGUAAUCUUUCCAAGGCCAGAGAGUUGCUUGACACCAUGGUUGACCGUACAGCGGUAACGUGGACCAUACUAAUAGGUGGUUUUUCCCAAGCUAAUCGAUACCAUGAGGCAUUUAAACUUUACGCCGACAUGCACAGGUGGGGAACUAAGCCGGAUUAUGUGACUUUUGCUACUCUCCUGUCCGGAUGCAGCGACAUGGGAACCACCGAACAAGUAGUUCAAGUUCACUCACAUGUCCUUAAGUUGGGAUAUGCUUCCACCCUCAUGGUCUGCAAUUCCUUGAUUGAUUCCUACUGCAAAUCGCAUCGCCUGGAUUUAGCUUGUCGGCUCUUCAAGGAAAUGCCCGAGAGAGAUAAUGUUACGUUCAAUGCAUUGAUAACAGGAUACUCAAAAGAUAAUUUGAAUGAAGAGGCUGUAAACCUUUUUGCUCAAAUGCAAAACUUGGGUCACAAGCCUUCAGAGUUCACUUUCGCAGCAGUACUUUGUGCCGGUAUUAAUUUAGACGACAUAGCCUUUGGGCAGCAGGUUCACGGUUUUGUGGUGAAGACUAAUUUUGUUUGGAACGUGUUCGUGGGGAAUGCAUUGCUCGAUUUCUACUCAAAGCAUGAGUCUUCGGUUGAAGCAAGGAAACUUUUCGAUGAGAUGCCAGAGUUGGAUGGUAUUUCUUACAAUGUAAUCAUCACAUCUCAUGUGUGGGAUGGGCAAUUUAAAGAGUCUCUCGAUCUUUUUCGUGAAUUACAGUUAACUAAACAUGACAGGAAGAAAUUUCCUUUUCCAACCAUGUUGAGCAUCGCAUCAAAUACGCUGAACUUAAACAUGGGUCGGCAGAUCCAUUCCCAGGCGAUUAUAGUAACAGCUGAUUCAGAAAUUCAGGUCGGAAAUUCGUUGGUGGACAUGUAUGCCAAAUGUGGCAGAUUUGAGGAAGCCAAAAGGAUAUUCACAACUCUAGCUGACAGAAGUGCAGUUCCAUGGACUGCAAUGAUAUCCGGAUACGCACAAAACGGGGUCCAUGAGGAAGGCUUGGAACUGUUCAAUGAGAUGCGAGAGCAUGUUAGUCCGGACCAGGCUACUUUUGCUAGCAUCUUAAGAGCCUCUGCGAGUUUAGCUUCCCUCUCGCUGGGAAAGCAGUUACACUCAUCUGUGAUCAAAUUAGGAUUCACAUCCAAUGUUUUUCCUGCAAGCGCACUCCUAGAUAUGUAUGCAAAAUGUGGUUCUAUGAAAGACGCACUUCAAUUUUUUCAAGAGAUGCCCAAGAGGAAUCGGGUCUGCUGGAAUGCUCUGAUCUCAGCUUAUGCUCUAAAUGGGGAUGGCAAAGGCACUCUUAGAUCAUUCAAACAGAUGGUUCAGUCUGGUUUCGAACCAGAUUCAGUGAGCUUCCUAAGCGUUUUAACUGCUUGUAGCCACUGCGGGCUUGUUGACGAAGGACUACAGUACUUCAACUCCUUGACUUGCAACACUAAGAUUGUUCCAAAGAGAGAGCACUAUGCAUCAAUGGUUGAUUUGUUGUGUCGAAGUGGGAGGUUCGGUGAAGCAGAGAAAUUGAUGGCUGAAAUGCCAUUUGAGCCCGAUGAGAUUAUGUGGUCAUCAGUUCUAAACUCAUGUAAAAUUCAUAAGAACCAAGAAUUGGCAGAGAGAGCAGCAGACCGACUUUUCAAAAUGGAAAAACUUAGGGAUGCAGGUGCUUAUGUCAGCAUGUCAAAUAUCUAUGCAGCAACAGGUCAAUGGGAGAGUGUUGGCAAGGUGAAGAAGGCGAUGAGGGAGAGAGGAAUCAGAAAGGUUACAGCGUAUAGUUGGGUGGAAAUCAAUCACAAAACUCACGUGUUUACGGUGAAUGACAAGAGCCACCCAGAGAGUGCGAAAAUUAUGAACAAGAUUGACACGUUGGCAAAGGAGAUGGAAAAGGAAGGAUACAAGCCGGAUAUAAGCUGUGCCCUGCACAACGAGGAUGAGGAAAUAAAAGUGGAGUCUCUGAAAUAUCACAGCGAACGCUUAGCAAUUGCUUUUGCAUUGAUCAGUACACCGGAAGGAUCACCAAUAGUGGUGAUGAAGAACUUACGAGCUUGCACGGACUGCCAUGCCGCAAUCAAGGUGAUCACAAAGACUGUUGGGAGGGAAAUAAUAGUUAGAGACUCAAGCAGGUUCCAUCAUUUUAGAGAUGGGCUUUGCUCUUGUGGAGACUUCUGGUGACAUUUCCCCGAUCCUUGGGACGGGAUUUCAAAACCAUAACCCUUGCUCAUUCUUUAUUUCACCAAAAAUAUAAUUAUUUCCUAGUUAAUUCCUUGCAACACAAGCAUUACAUUAUCCAACAUGAUACAAUAUGGGUGGCGAUACCACGUCUUCAAUUCUAAACUGACAGCCCAAGGGGCAGAUAUUUUCCCCAGAAAUGGUAGAACUAAUGACUAAAGCUGAAAAUCAUAUGGUGUGUAAACCAACGGUUCAUUUUCAAAGAAUCGAAGAAUUGAAUCUCCUUCAA